CUUCUUCUUCUUGUUCUUCUUUUAAACAUCUCUUUUUUCAUUCCAAUAAUUUAUUUGCAAAAUGAAUCCUGAAUACGACUACUUGUUUAAGCUUUUAUUAAUCGGUGACUCUGGUGUUGGAAAGUCUUGUCUUUUACUUCGUUUUGCAGAUGACACCUAUACCGAAAGUUAUAUCUCCACUAUUGGUGUUGACUUUAAAAUUAGAACUAUUGAAUUAGAAGGAAAGACAGUGAAGCUUCAAAUUUGGGACACAGCAGGUCAAGAACGUUUCCGUACAAUCACUUCAUCCUAUUAUCGAGGAGCGCACGGUAUCAUUGUUGUAUAUGAUGUCACGGACGAAGACUCCUUUCAUCACGUGAAGCAGUGGUUGCAGGAAAUUGACAGAUAUGCAGCAGAAGGAGUGAAUAAAUUACUUGUUGGCAAUAAGAGCGAUUUGACGGAUAAGAAGGCUGUGAGUACAGAACAGGCUAAUGAGUUUGCAGAGUCCAUCAAGAUACCCCUUUUGGAAACAUCUGCCAAGGAUGCUACCAAUGUAGAGCAAGCUUUCUUGACAAUGGCUAAGCAAAUCAAAGAUCGAAUGGGCUCUACCAUGCAACAAACUCAAGCCAAAUCUACCGUCAAGGUCGGUCAGGGCGCUUCCCUUGAGCCAAAGCAAAGUGGUGGCUGUUGUUAAGUAGCCUUUUUAUUUUUAUUUUUGAAAUAAAUACAUUUAUAUAUUAAGAUACACCUAUUUAUAAAUUGAAAUUCUACGAGGGAGAUAAAAGUGAGUAAGAG